AUGGCAAUUUCUAACACAAAGACUAUUCUGGUUGAUCUCGGAGGCACAUUUAUGGAUUAUGAGUGUGGCAAGCUUAAUAAAAAGCAAUGCUUUACACAGCUAGCUAGCGAGUACCACGUUGAAGUGGCCGAGUUGGAGACAACAAUUGCAAAUCUUCGUCAGACUAUCACGUAUGACAAGGAAAUGACUUCUACCUUUAAAAAGAUAAAAGAGUUAGGUGCACGCAUUUUCCUUGUAUCCAAUAUCUCCAAAGAGGACUAUGCAGCGUUCCAGAACUUGUGGGAUACGGACUUCUGGUCCAUCUUUGACGGGGUCUUCACCUCCUCUGCUCUUAGCACCACGGGGGCAGUGCCUCAUUUGACCUUUUUUGUUGAUGGCCGCCCCGAUAACGUACUUUCAGCGCUUUCGUUUGGUAUAAAAGGAACAUUUGAUACCUCGGGUCUCUACCGGACCCUUACCAACUUUAUUGGUGACCCUAUAGAGAGGGGGCUCGCAUUCCUUCGACAGCAAGGUGGAAAGUUUCCUACAAGCACUCAGUACGGGGAAACCAUGGAAGAAAACAUGGUUUUACUUCUGAUGCUAGAAGUUCUGGAUGAUAAGAGCCUAGUGAAUAUUGAUGUCCCGCCUCGAUAUUGGAACUUCUUCAUUGGAACGCAUCAAUUCACUACCCCUGUCUUCCCUCCAGACUUGGACAUUAUGACUCUUAGUCUAUGUAUCAGACCCCCAGAUAUGAAGACGAUCCACUCUAUCUUGGAUGAAAUGCGCGAUUGUGUGGACGAGGAUGGCUGA